AAAUCGAUGACAUCUUAAACUUUUAUUUUAGACGGAUGUUGAACUUAUAUAAUAUAACAUGAUUACUUCAAAAAAGAAUAUUUCGUUACUUUAAUAUGGCGAACAUUGACAAUAGUGAAAUACACGAUUCUAAAGUUAUAAUUGCAAUUAAAUCAUUAUAUUUGUUUAUUUGCUUUUUCUUGGGUGUCUGUGGAAAUUCAAUCGUAAUCAUUGCAAUAAUAAAGAAUAAAAAAUUGCAGACAAUAACCAAUUGCUUUGUUCUAAAUCUUGCAAUAACUGAUCUUUUGUUUGCCGUGUGUGAAAUACCGACUAUUAUAUUUACCACAAUUUCGAAAAAGUGGCUGCUUGGUCGAUUUGUUUGUGAUGGAGUUGGUUUCUUGAACUCUCUUUUUUGUACCACUUCAAUAUGGACUCUUGUUAUGAUUAGUAUAAAUAGAUACUUUAAUGUAGCUAAAGCCACCCAAGUAAAAAGUCUUUAUACAAAGAAAAGAACAAUUUUAAUUAUCAUUGGCGUUUGGAUGUUUUCCGCCAUAAUUUCAUUUCCACCUUUGGUUGGUUGGAGCGAAUUCAAAUCAGGUUCUAAUUUCUGUACAAUCAAUGGUAAAAAAUCUUUAUCAUAUUCAAUUUUUAUUGCUUUGAUCGCCUACAUUUUACCUUCGUUGUUUUUAUCUACUUUAUAUUUGCGCAUAUUUUUUAUGUUAUAUAGACAUGAAAAAACCAAAAUGAGGGGGAAAAUUAACACAGUUGAAUUUUCUGAGCCAAUCGAUGCAGCAUUAUUGUCAUUUGAUAAUGAAUCUGCUUCAUCAGUCCACUAUCAAACUGUAAACGGAAAAAUAACAUCAUAUGACAAAAAAGUGCUAAAUUAUUAUUGCAAAUACAAGAAAGAUGUUGCUAUAAGCAACAAUAUUGAAAAUCUUUCUGUAAAUAGAAAUACAACAAACCCAGAAAUUUUAAAUGCAAGAGAAAACAAUAAAAAAAGGGCUAUUAAAAAAUAUUUCAAAGAAGUUCGUGUUACAAAAAUGUUAAUGAUUCUUGUAUUAUGUUUCUUUUUUUGUUGGACCCCUGUUUUUGUUGGAUCAAUGCUUUAUUCGUUUAAUUUAGACCUUAAAGGUUUUCAAGUUGCAACUUUUGGAAUAAUGUGUGCUUGUCUAAACUGUGUAUUAAAUCCUUUAAUUUAUUCUAUUAUGAAUCGCAGCUUUCAAAAGUGUGUCAUACAAAUGUGGAAAACUAUUGCUUUGCGUUAGCUGUUCAUGCAAAAGCAUCAUUUUUUUUUUGCUGUUAAAAUUUUCUUAAUAAAAAAUACCAUAAAUGUAAUACGUAAACUGAAGUUUUAGAUUUUUAUAUAUGAUAAUUUUUUUUCAUAUUUUAUGUUACUUUAAGAUAAAUAUUUAACAAAAGAAACUUUUGAAACCUUUUUUUUUAAAUUGAUUGUUACCAUCGAACCAAUUAUUAGAGUUAUAGCUACACAGUAUUUUUUUUUUAAUGUAAAAAAUGUAAAAUAGAAAAGCAACAUAUAUUUACUGUUAUAUGUUGUAUGUUAAUGUUUUUAAAUUUUAGAAUAAAGUCAUAAAAUGAUAUGGCACAGAAUGAGUCAUAAUA